AUGACGGAUGUGAAACCAAUGCUCUCACCAAUUGUCCAAGGUAGGAAAUUAUCAAAGACAGAUGGACAGCCACUCUCUGAACUUUACAUAUAUCGCAACACCAUCGGCGCCCUUCAGUACUUAACUCAUAUACGGUCGGACAUCACCUAUGUUGUCAACCAACUGAGUCAAUUUCUUCAAACUCCAACUGAUGUCCAUUGGCAGGCAGCUAAGAGAGUUAUUUGCUACAUCAGUGGCAUAAAACACUAUAGGCUUUACUUUCAACCGAGCCAUAAUCUAAAUGUCUCUGCCUACUCAGAUGCUGAUUGGGUAUCCAAUCUUGAUGACAGAAAAUCAGUGGCUGCCUAUUGUACCUUUGUAGGAAACAACAUUGUAUCAUGGUCCUCAAGGAAGCAAGCAGUGGUUGCAUGGUCGAGUACAGAAUCUGAAUACAGGGUACUCGCUCAUGCUACAUCUGAAGUCCUCUGGCUUUAA